AUUGCAUGGUGUCGCAAAGAAAACCAACAAGAAAACUCGUGCGUGAAAUGUGUUUUCGUAACAUCUAAAACCAAAUUUUUAAAAUUUAAAUUACACCUGUAAUUUGUCAAAUAAUUAGAAACAAAUUGACAAAAAAUGUUGCAGUGCAUCCGGUUUAGUGGUCGACAGCGGCACAACUUGCGUCACAUCGGUAAUUCAUUCCAUCAGCGAAGGCGGAAUUCCACGCUCGAAUCGCCCGAAGUGGAUGUAGCGCUGAGCACGGGUCGAGUGAUUCGCAUUUCGUCCGGAAAGUAUGCCCGCUUUGCCGACGGGUGCUCCGUGGUCAGCGUGGGGGAUACGGCUGUCAUGGUGACGGCGGUGGCCAAAUCGAAACCCUCCGGUGGGAACAAUUCGUUUCUGCCACUGGUGGUGGACUAUCGGCAGAAGGCGGCCGCCGCCGGUAGGAUUCCCACGAAUUUCCUCAGGCGAGAGCUGGGACCCUCGGAGAAGGAGAUUUUAGCGGCGAGGUUGGUGGACCGAUCGAUUCGACCGCUGUUUCCGGCCGACUUCCGUAGCGAUACGCAACUGGUGUGCAAUAUGUUGGCCAUCGAUUCGAGUAAUUUGCCGGACGUGCAGGCGAUUAAUGCAGCCAGUGCGGCCUUGGCUCUGAGCGACAUUCCUUGGAAUGGACCGAUCGGGGCGGUUAGGGUUGGAUUGGUAGACAACGAAAUCAUCAUCAACCCGACCAGAAAAGAGCUUCAGUUGUCGGCGCUGGACCUAAUUGUGACGGCCACGAAGCAGAACCUGGUGGUAAUGCUGGAAGGUCGGGGGAAUAUAGUGAACGAGAACGAACUCCGGAUGGCAAUCAAAAAGGGCACAAAAGAGGCCCAGCUCAUUAUCAAUGGAAUCGAGAAGUUGCAGAAGUCGUUUGGAAAGCCCAAGAGGGCACUGGAACCGAUGGCACAAGCGGAGGAAGAAAUCGAAGCCGCCGUAAGGACAAUGUCCGAGAUGAGACUGCGGGAGAUUUUCCGGGAUUUCGCUCACGAUAAGUUCAGUCGGGAUCAGGCUGUGGCGAAUUCACGGACGGAUACGAUCGACAAGGUCUGGUCCAGUUAUCCGAGUGUGGAUCCUGGGUUGAUUACGGAGUGCUUCAAUCGGUUUAGCAAGAACGUUUUCCGGGAGAUGAUAUUUGAGGAGAACCGAAGAUGCGAUGGACGACAGUUGGACGAUUUGAGGAAAAUCUCCUGUGCGGUGAAUCUGCACAGACCGUUGCAUGGUUCGGCACUGUUUCAGCGAGGUCAGACGCAAGUUUUUGCCACCGUUGCGUUGGAUUCGCACGAGAGCGCCUUAAAGCUGGAUCCCAUCACGUCGCUUGACACAGGUGUCAAAUCCAAGAACUUCUUCCUGCAUUACGAGUUCCCUCCGUACGCGACGGGUGAAACGGGGAAGAUUGGCCCAGUGGGUAGAAGAGAAAUUGGCCAUGGUGCCCUGGCCGAGAAGGGUCUGGUCCCCAUCAUUCCACAUGAUCAUCCGUUCACUAUUCGCCUUACUUCGGAGGUGCUAGAAUCGAAUGGAUCCAGCUCGAUGGCGACGGUUUGUGCGGGAUCGAUGGCACUGAUGGACGCCGGGAUUCCGGUGCAGGAAGCUGCGGCCGGCGUAGCGAUCGGGCUUGUCACCAAGUAUGAGAACAACGAUACGAAACAUCUGCAAGACUACAGGAUACUGACGGACCUGCUAGGGAUCGAGGACUACAUGGGCGACAUGGACAUGAAGGUGGCCGGUACCCGAAGAGGAAUGACGGCAAUUCAGGCAGACAUCAAGGUGCCAGGAAUUCCAUUGAAGGUCGUGAUGAAAUCUCUCCAGAAGGCGAUGGAAGCUCGCUUCCGGAUAAUUGACAUCAUGGACGAAACAAUCGCCGCCGCACGCACCCUCAAGAAAGACUGCUGGCCAGUGACGGACCAGCUGCAGAUCGAACCACACCAACGUCCGAAGCUUCUGGGUCCCGGGGGAAUCAACAUUCGUCGGUUGUAUCUGGAGACUGGUGUCCAGUUAAAUCAGGAAGAUGAGCACACCUUUCGGAUAUUUGCCCCUUCGGAGGCGGCCAUGCACGAAGCCAAGGAGUACCUGGAGAAUCUGAUGAAGGUGGAGAAGAUUCCGGAUCUGGAAUUCGGCGCCAUCUAUACGGCCAAGAUUGUGGAGCUGAAGGACACCGGAGUGAUGGUGACGUUGUACCCGUCGAUGCCACCGACGCUGUUGCACAACUCGCAGUUGGAUCAACGGAAGAUCGCCCAUCCCUCCGCACUGGGACUGACAGUCGGGUCGGAAAUCCAGGUCAAAUACUUUGGUCGCGAUCCGGUUUCGGGUUUCAUGCGUCUCUCGAGGAAAGUCCUCCAAGGUCCCGCCACAGGUAUGAUCCGAAAUCUUGAUCGAAGUGCUUCUUCCAGUAGCAGUAGUAGUAGUAGUGGUAAUAGUAGUACAAAUAGUUUUAAUGGUGCAUCGGAGACUUCCGAAGGAAAGUCCUAGCUUUAUUCGCAAAAUAGUGUCCCACUGCCUAGGUGUGUUCAUCUGCCACGAUGUAAACUGUGUAAAUAGCUCCGUGUUAUUAAAUUUAAAUAGUGAUUCAA